GCCAUGAUAUUACCUAGUGUGAUCGGGGAUUUCUGUUGUAGAACCACUUUCUACCUAUCUUCAUAAAAUCGUAUUUGCCCACUGUAUGGUUGAGGUCAGGGCUGAAUUGUGAAGCCAACUGAAUGCUAGCUAUAAUGAAAAGCAUGUGUAUCUAGCUCGGUGCGUACUGUAGACAGUACACUCUAUUCUGAUGACUCUUUCCCCAAAAAUUCAAAGGAAGAGGACGAUGUCGAUUAACCUGAUCUGACUAGUCAACAUGAAGAACAAACCAGCAGAAAACGAAACACAUUCAAGAGAACUAAACUCCAACUCUAACGGGGCUACUUUGAACUCCAUCCAAAUAAAAACGGAACCAAGAUGCUUUGAAUGGAAUGAAAUUGGGGAGGAACAAAAUAGUUCCAAACGUUCCUCGUUGGAUAAACUCGCCAAGCAACAUAGAACGACAUCCUCGUCUAUGAGCCGGUGUUGUAAGAUGUUGAUUCCUGUUGUUAUGCUAACAAGAUUAUCUAAUGUGGUGGUUAAGACUCUUCUGAGAGAAAGUGAAGUGUUUUUGGUGAAGGAGGAGACAGAUGCCAGGAGGGAUGAAGACAUUGGUGUCUCUUCUCCGCAGUUCUUUCCUUGUCCACACUGCACCAUCUCCUUCACCAACUGUUACUUUCUGGAGAACCACAUCAAGGCCAAACACCAGAAGCAGUACCUUGCCAUGUUGAAAAACCACGUCUCAAAAAGUAAAACAGUGUACAGACCCACACACAAUUGUCUCCACUGUAGCUCUAUGUUCCAUGGCCCACGACAGCUAGACAUCCACACCCGCCAGGCCCACCCUUCGGCACCUCCCCAGAAGCCAGACACAUCCAAGAAAAUAAAGUAUCAACGUAGAGUUCAGGAGAAUUUCCACACCUGCCCACAGUGUGCUCGCAGAUUCAAGUACCUGGGCACCUUGCUUAAACACUGCAAGAAUUUGCACAAAAUGGCUGUUGUUCGAACCGAUGCACACAUCAGUUGUGCAGACUGUGGGAAGAGCUUUGAGAAUUGCUGGGGACUGGGACCUCACCAAUGUCACGAACCAGACGUUUCCACACCUGAGGUCACUAAGCCUGUGGUCUGUCUGGAAGUGGGCUACCACUGCUCAGAGUGUGGGAAGAUCCUCAGUACUCCUACAAGCCUUAACACUCACAUGCGCAUCCACACUGGAGAGAAACCCUAUGAAUGCAACGAGUGUGGCAAGCGCUUCUCAGAAAAAAGUGGUUACCGUUAUCACAUGUUAAUACACUCUGGGCUUAAACCAUUCAAGUGUCAAGACUGUGGGAAGGCUUUCAAACAGAAAUCCCUCCUGUGGACUCACAUGAUUGUUCACACAGGUGAGAGGAAGUUCUCCUGCCCCCAAUGUGACAAGCAGUAUGCAAACAGGGCAAGUCUGAAGCUUCACCUGAGAAUACACACAGGGGAGAGACCUUUUAAAUGCAGUGUGUGUGAUAAAGACUUUGCUGACAAGGAUUAUCUGAAAACACACCUGAAGAUCCAUAGCAAUGAGAAAAACUACCACUGUGGGGUUUGUGGGAGGAAUUUUAUUAGGCUUGGAUUGUUAAAAUUACACAUGCGCUCUCAUACUGGGGAGAGGCCCUACCACUGCACAGUUUGUAACAAGAAGUUUUUUCGACUCUCACACUUGAAAAACCAUCAUCUUACUCACACAGGUGAGAAACCAUACACCUGUUCCGAGUGUGGUAAAAGCUUUACACAGACUGGGGAUCUGGCAAAACAUAAGCGUCUCCACACUGGGGAGAAGCCAUUUAAAUGCCCUGAAUGCCCCAGCCGGUUUAACUGCUCAGGUUCUCUGACCAUUCACAUGAGAACCCACACUCACCGUGAUGUAAAGGCAUACUCCUGCCAAGAAUGUGGGAAGUGUUUUUAUGAACAAAGUCACCUUACCCGCCAUAUGAAGACACACAAAGGGGAGAGACCUUACCCCUGUACCCAUUGCUUUUCUAGCUUCACUCGGAAAGCACACCUCUCCAAACACCUGCUUAGAUGUUGUAAAUUAUGAUUAGCCUUUUUGAAAUUUGUUGUUUUCAUACAAAUAACUUGUAAAACAAAAUCAGCCACAGUGAAAUUACAAAAUUAUAAUCAUAAACGCAGAUGUGCCGCACCUCAGAAAUUGUAAUAUUGUAAUCAUGUAAAUAAUGUAAAAUUUUUGGCCUUACAGUACUUUGCAGAAGUCUUUAAUCUAAUUUAUCAGACCAGUACGUGUUUGUUUAAAAAAACACUAACAUUCAAGUUAACAAACAUUAAUACAAUGAAAAGUAACAAAAACAUAUUGGGUUUAAUAUCAGUCUUUUAAAUGCCCUCCUUUAGAAUUCAGAACUUAAGCAAUUCGCUUUCGUAGACUGUUGUGUAAUUAAUUUGUUGUGGUAGUUCUUUGGUAAAUUCUUCCAAACUUCUUAAAGGAUUUGUAAUAACUCUUUAUUUUCUCAGUCCAAAUGAUCCCACACUGCUACAGUUAUGUUGAGUUCUUAAUUUGCUAAUCUAAUAUUGUGUGUUCUGUCUGCAAACCUCCACAAUUAGGUCUGAAGAGGGUUUUGGGUCAUUAUAAUAAUGAAAAUAGUUUUGGCCAAUCAGCCUCAGAUCGGCUUUUCUUGUACGAUAGAUGACUCUGGCACAUGCUGAGCCAGCACUUGAUUUGCUUCUCUCCAUUAAGUGACCUUUAGUUGUUCAACAGAUGCAGGCAACUUUUGGGGUCUUCAAUGGGUCUUUUACUUCCCCAGUUUGGUUUCAUUAGUUUGUUCCUUUAACUUCUGGAUGUAUUUGAAUUGUUUGGUAAAUAAAGAAAAAAAAACUAUAUACAUCUUUGUAAAUGCUUCUGUGCCUAAAUCUUGCCGGUGCCACCAAAUGUGAACAUAUGUUUUUUUAUUUUAUAUUGCGACCACAUUUUCCUCAUCAAUUUCAGAAUUUUCCAUCUGUGAUUAUGGCUCUGCAAUUCAAUUAAUAACCCCUCAACAUGAAAUGGUAGUCCAAGGAAACUCUGAAGCGUGCUGAAGCAGGUAGAAAUCACCUAUCAUCUGUUGCAUCACACCACAGAGUUUUGAACUACCUCUGGAAGCAACAUCAGAACUUUGUGUCUGGAGCUUCACAAAAUGGGUUUCCGUGGCCGAACAGCUGUAUGCAAGGAUCACAACAUGCGCAAUGCCAAGCGUUGGCUGGAGUGGUGUAAAGCACGCCGCCACUGGACUCUGGAGCAGUGGAAACGUGUUCUCUUGAGUGAUGAAUCACACUUUACUAUCUGGCAGUCUGAUGGACGAAUCUGGGUGUGGCAGAUGCCAGGAGAAUGCUACCUACACGAAUGCAUUGUGCCUACUAUAAAGUUUUGUGGAGGAGUGAUAAUGGUCUGGUGCUGUGUUUCAGGGUUUGGGCUAGGCCCCUUAGUUCCAGUGACGGGUCAUAAUGCUACAGCAUAUAAAGACAUUUUAGACAGUUGGGUGAUUCCAACUUUGUGGCAACAGUUUGGGGAAGGCCCCUUUCC